UUAACUAUAAUUUAAACAUAGUUUGCGCAAGAGCGGCCUAAACAUGCCAUGUCGAAGAUCAUUAAAUCAGACCAUCCCAAGAGUAUGUGCAUAUUAUGAUCGAGAGGAUUAAACCUGCGACCGGAGCUUAGUUUGUGAUGUUAGCCGGCUCCUAGCACAAGCCACAACAGAGCCAUGAUGUCCAGAAGGAGAAGAAGAAUCAAGCCUGUAGAUGAUGCAAUGACAUAUAUUCUGUCUUGCACUGACAAGUCUGGAUUUAUGUCAAGACUCGUCGACAGUUACAAAGGAAGAGGAGUGUUUGCCAUGCAGCCCAUUGAACCAGGGGACUUUGUACAUCAGAUGUUCCACAAGGAAUCAAAGCCAGAUGAGACUCAACCACAGGUGACAGACCCUCAGACUCCUGCAGUAGAGACAGAGACCAGCCCUGUACAUCAGAUGCUCCACAAGGAAUCAAAGCCAGAUGAGACUCAACCACAGGUGACAGACCCUCAGACUCCUGCAGUAGAGACAGAGACCAGCCCUGUACAUCAGAUGCUCCACAAGGAAUCAAAGCCAGAUGAGACUCAACCACAGGUUUUUACUGUCCAAGGGUUUUCGCUCGUUGAUUAUUCAGAAAGUGAUGAAACUGAUGAGGACUUUAUGGAGAACAAAAGUCCCACUCCACACCGUGAUGUUCUCAGGAAGAUAACAGAAAACACUCUGAUGGAUAGUGGACCAGAGGUUUCUAAUCAUUCGUACGGUUCAGAAAGUGUUGUGAACGAAACCUGCGAUGAGGCUUCUCCAAGCAACCAUUCCAACGAGCAAUCAGAUAAUGUACUUGUUCCAUCACUGAGACGCACAAAAAGUCUCAUGUGGGAUAGAGUACAAGAUUUUGCUGGGUGUCUCUACGAUUCAGAUGACGACAGCACAGAGGGCACUUCCAUUUCUAAGCCUGAAAGGGAUUCACCGAGGCUGAGAAGAAGCUCUUGCCACCCUACGUCAGUCUACCAGGAGAACAGAGGUCAGAAGAUGAGGAGAGCAUGUCAUCCCUGCAAGAAUGUACCUCCACAUCACAUGUCCAAAGCCAGGCAGCGUCUUCAACAGAUGUCAGUAUGCCAGAACAACAGUGGUCAGAAGAUGAGGUCAGCAUGUCAUCCCUGCAAGGAUGUACCUCCACAUCACAAGUCCAAAAAAAGAGUGUGUCCGCAAGAAAGAGAGGUAAGCAAGCUGCUGUACAGCGUUGGACAACCGAGGAGAUUGCUGCAGUAGAAAAACAUCUGAAGAAGUUCAUUGUGAGACAAGAUGAUCCAGGUAAAGCGACUUGUGAGUGCUGCAUUUCUGUAGUACCGCAAGCGCUGCAAAAAAGAGACUGGAAAGCAGUCAAGUAUUUAAUCAAAAAUAGAAUAACUGCCAUGAGAAGAAAAUUGUAAUGAAAGCAGUUCACUGAUCGGGAGUAUGGAGACAUGUUUUCAGUUUGCCCUCCAACACUUUUUUGUUCAAUGUCUGUUUUGUUGUAUUGUUUCCACCUGUCUCUAUAACGCAUUAUAAAUAUAUUUAUAAUGACCUUAUAGCACUGUACACAUAUAGUUAUAAACACUCAUCAAUUAUUAUAAUGCUUUAUAACAAUCAUAACAGUUAUUAUUGUUAUAUAGCAUUAAGAUCAUUUAUGAGUGUUUCUAUAGUUAUACAGUGCUAUAACCUCGUUAUAAAUAUUUUUAUAAUGACGUUAUAGAGAUACGCGUUAAACAAAGUGUUACUCAAAGGGUUACCACUUUUUUUGUUUUGUGUAAAGUGCAGUCUGAUCAUUUACCUGUUGGUAAAAUAAAUACAUGCUCCUCAGGA